UUUAAUAACGUUUUUCAUUAAAUAAUGCAAAAAAUAAUAAUAAUCUGGUGUUAGAAUCGAACCGGGAUAUGUACAAACGUAACCAAACAUAUAUUCCCCACUUCAACUCUAACUCCAUUGAUAAUUAUUGUUAAAACUGUUAUAUAUAAAGUAUUUUAUUGUAACAAAUAACGUCCUGGUCAAAUUAAAAAGCAUCGUCAGUAGAGAUAUUCCAUUACAGACAUGCAUCGACAGGUCCGAGCAGUCUAUUGUUAUUUACAUCUAUAAGAUAUGUAUUUAAGCCCCGAAUUAUGAGUCACACGUCCAUCCUUUGUCAUUAAGGAAUGUACCCCUACCUAUUAUUGUCUGAAAUGCACAUAUGCUUGGCUCUACAAGAGCAGACAAUCAUUCAGUCUGUCCUCAGCCUUAUACUGUUUCUCACGUCUCAACCGUUCUCUCGCAGUUUUUAUAUUUUUUCAGUGUUAAAUAUUUUUAUAAGUGAUGGCUGGAUCAAUCGCUGACAACUAUGCCUUGUAUAAAAAGAAGACCUUUACUUAUGUGCCACCGACACCACCAGCUGAACUCAUCGAAUCUACUAGCUACACACUAGACUUUGCAUCCCGUAAGUUUGUACAUAUUGGUUUUGACCCGAGUGAAAAAUUACAAGUCGUUGUUCAUUUAUUAACUUCAUCGCGGUACGUGCAUAUUACUACAGAUUUUAUGAAAAAAAUAUUCGGGUUCAUGGGGCAUAUCUUGUCGUUCAUAUCAGACACACCACAAAAAUAUAAGCGCGUUAUAUUUUAUGAAGACGAAAAAAUGAAACUAUCGAGUAUGAUGUACAGCGGAGAAAAUGUGUUGGUGAUCGAAACAAAAAAUCGUGAUGGAUGUAGAGUACUGUUGAAUCGGGGCGACCUUCUUCGACUUCAAUAUCUCGAAUGUUCUAUUUUCGAGAGCAUCGUGCGAAAAGAAGUAUUCACCGCUCUAUUGAUUAUAAAACAAUAUGAAGAAAUUGUCGAGUACCUCGACAAGAAAUGUAGGCAGCAUAAAUCACCGCCGAAAACUGUUGACGAGAUGGUAGUUUUCAUUAAGAACAUACAAGACGAUCGAGUCGUUAAGUCCGUUCCAAAUUUCUCCAAUCAAAUACAGAUGUGUGCAGCUGAACAGUUAGCUGAAUCAUUGUUACACCAGAACAUCUCGCAUGAGUAUUCCAAUGAAACGACGGUCAUUUCGCCAAUGUCGUCACCAACACCAAUGUCACCACCUACACCGAUGUCAACACCACCACCGACAUCACCACCACCGAGUUUCACAAUGCAAUCGCCGAGCAAAGCAGUCGAUGAAAACGAUGGGCCGUUACAUUUCAACUCGCGAUCAUUAUCGAAAACGUACAACUUCGAUUCAGCCGUAUCGGAAAUGUAUUUUGUACCAAAACGUAAACUAUUUUAAUUUCAGAUAUGUAUUGUGUAAAAUAAAAAGACAUGUAUAUAAAAAAAGUAUUUUCAUUUAUUAAUAUUAAGUUUUACAAUAUUUACAAGGUUCUUACUUCUCCGUUAAACGGAUUGUAAGUUAUAAUUUGGUCGUGUAAUAUUAAAC